CCAAGUUACCGACGACGACUCCCGAGCCCGGCCUUGCCAGUUGUCUCUUGAGACCCUUUUAUAUCGGAUUUUUCUUUUGCUUCCCGCCCUCUUCUUCUCUUUUCGCCCAUCAUGCCCGCUGUUGCCUUCGCCUCCGCCGUCCCGAGGUCUCUUCUAUCGUCUUCGCUGCGCCGUGUCGCCUUUGCUUCUUCCUCUCCGAUCGCCGUUCGUCCUAUCCGCGCUUCCUUCGGUGCCGUCCAGACCAUCUCUCCCUUCGCCGUCCGCACAAUGGCUUCCGCUAUCCCCAAGAUCAAGGUCAAGAACCCCGUCGUCGAGCUCGAUGGCGAUGAGAUGACCCGCAUCAUCUGGCAGUCCAUCAAGGACAAGUUCAUCUACCCCUACCUCGACAUCGACCUCAAGUACUAUGACCUUGGUCUUGAGUACCGUGACGAGACCAACGACCAGGUCACCAUUGAUGCCGCCGAGGCCAUCAAGAAGUACCAGGUCGGUGUCAAGUGCGCCACCAUCACCCCCGAUGAGGCCCGAGUCGAGGAGUUCAAGCUGAAGCAGAUGUGGCUUUCCCCCAACGGAACUAUCCGAAAUGCCCUCGGCGGUACCGUCUUCCGUGAGCCCAUUGUCAUCCCCCGCAUUCCCCGUCUUGUCCCUGGCUGGAAGAAGCCCAUCAUCAUUGGCCGACACGCCUUCGGAGACCAGUACCGCGCCAAGGAUGCUGUCCUGCCCGGCCCUGGCAAGCUCUCCAUGGUUUACACCCCCGAGGGUGGUGAGCCCCAGGAGAUUGAGGUCUACCAGUUCAAGAACGGUGGUGGUGUCGCCCAGACCCAGUACAACACCGACGAGUCCAUCACUGGCUUCGCCCACGCCUCUUUCAAGCUGGCUCUUGACAAGGGUCUUCCCCUCUACAUGAGCACCAAGAACACCAUCCUCAAGAAGUACGAUGGUCGCUUCAAGGAUAUCUUCCAGGAGCUCUACGACACCCAGUACAAGCCCGAGUUCGAGGCCAAGAAGAUCUGGUAUGAGCACCGUCUCAUUGACGACAUGGUCGCCCAGAUGGUCAAGAGCUCUGGUGGUUACAUCAUGGCCCUCAAGAACUACGACGGUGAUGUCCAGUCCGACAUUGUCGCUCAGGGCUUCGGCUCCCUUGGUCUCAUGACCUCGGUCCUCAUCACCCCCGAUGGCAAGACCUUCGAGUCUGAGGCUGCCCAUGGCACCGUCACUCGCCACUACCGUGAGCACCAGAAGGGCAACGAGACCUCCACCAACCCCAUUGCCUCCAUCUUCGCCUGGACCCGUGGUCUCAUCCAGCGUGGCAAGCUCGACGACCAGCCCGAGGUUGUCUCCUUCGCCGAGAGCCUCGAGCAGGCCUGCAUUGACACUGUCGAUAUUGAUGGUGUCAUGACCAAGGAUCUUGCCCUUGCCUGCGGCAAGACCGGCCGUGAGGACUAUGUCACCACCACCGAGUACCUCAACGCUGUUGAGCGCCGCAUGAAGAACAUCCUCAAGGAGAAGCUGUAAAUGUCUUGACAACUUCUCUCCUCCUCCCCGCACCCCCUAUUCACCCCCUCACACAUCCCCAAAUCCUCCUCACUCUCUUGGUCUCUCUUUUCCACCCACAAGAGUCGCCAUUUCUUUCAUGAAGGAUAUGAGAAUCGGCGUCGGACGUGUUGUUAGUGGCUGGCCAGCAUCGAACCUCGGCUUCUCGGCGAGCGAGAGAGCAUCGUCUCUUUCGUGGUUGUCGAUUGCAAUGCCUCGCCGGCUUGCAUGAAGUCGGCAUCGUCAAGGAGCAAACAUGCACAUGAAGAUUCCCCUGUAUGAACACGGGCAACAAGGCAGCGAAUCAUGCAGAGUAUACCUCCAUCGUUACUAUGAUAUGAUAAGGAAACGAAACGAACGGGCUUUUGGAUAAAGAAAGAAAAGGGUUUCGAGGGGGACGGCACGACUGAAUUUCGUGUGUCAUGUAUUGGAAGACAAGCAAGCAGGCAAUGUAGAUAGAAGACUCCUGGUUGCUCUUGGGUACAUAAAGAUAAGAUGGGCUACCAAGCCCUGCUUUAUAGUUUUUUUUUGCAGACUCCAAUCCCUGGAUACCG